AUGAGGUCAGGAGAUUUUAAGUCCUUAGACCAGAAACGAGAAGCCAUAGCCCUCAUGGAACAGGCCGGGUGUGAUAUCACUCAAGCUUGUGGAGCCCCAGAGUGGACCAAAUUACAACAGGUAUUAGCUCCUCAGUAUCGACUGAAAAUAUUUCAGUUCAAAUCUACUUCCACUAAACUCUGUUUAGAACCUAUUUACAAAGGUUCGGGAAAUGGAACUUAUUUGAACAUAUUGUUAGACGACCAUCAUUGCGAUGCCAUCAUAUCCAUGCCGGGAGUAACGGGGAACCAAUAUUACUGUGAUGAUUGCGACGUGGGGUACAGUCAUGUCACAGACCAUCGCUCCAAGUGUCCUCAUCGCUGUCCCUUUUGUUUAGGACACCCUAGAUGUCCCGAUGAAGGGAUCAAGAUUCGAUGCCGGGAAUGCCAGGGAAUGUUUAAGAACAGAACCUGCUACGAAAAUCAUUUAAGACCCCAUAGUAAGAAAACCACCACUACUGUCUGCAAUUUAAUGGAGCUAUGCGAGAAGUGUCAGUCCUGGAUACCUAAGAAAUUACCGUAA